AUGAAGCUUAAUUUUACGCCUGUAAGUGAAAUCGUAGGCCCUACGAUUGCUCAAGUUUUACCGAAAUAUGAUCGACCCUGGUUUAGAGUCAAGCAUCUCUUCAUACUAAACCUGUUGCUUUUGAUUCCUCUUCUUUCAUCGUCUACCGCAGGUUACGAUGGCUCGUUGAUGAAUGGUUUGCAGUCCUUACAGGAAUGGAAAGACUACUUUAAUAAUCCAAAGGGAACAAUGUUAGGAUUUGUCAAUGCUUCACAAAAUUGUGGUUGUGUCAUCAUAUUACCACUCUGUGGAUGGUUAACGGAUACUUUUGGAAGAAAAAAGACUCUUGGUGCUGGUUUAAUAGGAAUCAUAGUUGCUACUAUCAUCCAAGCCACUUCAAAAGAAAUAGGUCAGUUGAUAACUGCAAGAUUUAUUGUUGGAGCUGCUGGUAUGUUAGCAGUUCAACCUGCCCCUUUAUUAGUUGCAGAAUUGUCUUAUCCUAGCUAUCGUGGUAAAAUGACAUCCUUAUAUUGGUGCUUAUAUUACUUAGGUGCAAUAUUGGCGUCGUGGAGUUGUUAUGGUACAAAUGGUAGGGGUGAUACUUGGGCCUGGAGAAUACCUACAAUCUUGCAAGCUGGUUUCCCAGCUAUUCAACUUACUUUUCUAUAUUUUGUUCCUGAAAGCCCCAGAUGGUUAAUCUCUAGAGGCAGGAAAGAGGAAGCAAGAAAAAUAUUGAUUAAACACCAUGCUGGUGGGGAUGAAAGCUCUGAGCUUGUUGCUGUGGAAGUAUCUGAAAUUGUGAUUGCUUUGGAUUUAGAAAAAAGCCAAAAGAAAUCAAAGUGGAGUGAUUUAGUCUCAACUCCGGGCAACAGAAGAAGAACUUAUAUCGCUGUAAGUCUUGGUGUUUUUGCCCAAUGGAAUGGUAUUGCCGUAGUAUCCUACUACUUGACUUUGGUGUUAGAUACUAUUGGAAUUACUUCAUCUUCGAUGCAAACUUUGAUUAAUGGUAUCUUGCAGAUUUUUAAUUUAAUAGCUGCAGCAUCUGCAGCUCUUUUGGUUGAUAGGUUGGGGAGAAGAACUUUGUUACUUUGGUCCGGUAUUGGUAUGUUGGUUUCAUAUGUUAUUUGGACUGCAUGUUCUGCAAUAUUUGAUGAGAGAGGAAAUCCUGCCGCAGGAAGAGCUGUUGUUGGGUUCAUUUUUAUCUUCUAUUUCCACUAUGACAUUGCAUAUACACCGUUGCUUUUAGCCUAUCCCACAGAAAUAUUUCCAUAUUAUUUAAGAUCUAAGGGUGUUACAGCUGAAUUGAUGGGAGUUUAUGGUUCUUUGAUCAUCGCAUCAUUUUGUAAUUCAAUCGCUUUGAAUGACAUUGGUUGGAAGUAUUAUAUUGUAUUUUGUGUGCUAUUGGUUAUCAUAUGCAUCAAUACCUAUUGGUUCUACCCUGAAACUAAAGGUUACUCUUUAGAGGAGAUUGCAAAAAUAUUUGAUGGUGACUCCGGGGUCAUUGAUAUAGAACAUAUUCAAUCCGAAGAUAUGGACUCGAAGUCCAAAGUUCAACACGUUGAUUAA